AUGCCUGAUCGGUUCGAUCGAGUCCCUCUUGUCUUUUGCCUUGCCCAGUCUGGCUCCAAUGCGUGUCAUGUGCAUUGCCGGAUUUGGGUUAGCUGCUGCCGGUCACCUGGUCUCUUGGUACCUUUCUCCAAAAGUCUGUGCCAAGCGAAGAGUGAUGCUGAUGUGCCGUAAAAUUGGACUCCAUAGAUAUCGCCAGUGCAGACGUGCAUCUUGGAGCCCACAUCGACUGUGCCAUGCCGUUGAUCUUGUCGAAUAUCAAAUCCAUAUGAGCCAUGUCAAUGCGUACUUUCACAGCCUUCAUGAGAUGCACCAUUUGCGUGGUGGGGGAGGAGGUGGAGGUGCGCAUGUCACCAAACGCAAAAGGAACCAAAAAGAACUUUUGCUUGGACUGAAAGAGCUACUUGAGAAAUUUACAGAGCCAAAUGAAAAGGUAUCUCCAAAGAAAUCUAAGAAAUCCGACACGCUCCUUGAUGCCCUUCAGAAAACGGUCACGCGUGCUCAGCAGAAUCCACGGAACUUGCUGCAAUCUUUGACACAGCUGGUUCAACUUGCCAAUGAUGGAAAGAUCCGAAUUGAUGAUCCUGCACUUGCCAGUGGGCCGAAUAAACAACCAAAACCGGCUGCACCAAAAUCGAUCCCCAAACAGCAGAAUCCCAAGCCAACAUGGGCGGAUAAGGUUAAAUCAGGCACUCCGCCCAAUGAGAGUGCGCCUGCUAUGCGCCUGUGGACACCGCCCGAUACUCGUGAAUCUAUUGCCGCUGUCAUUCAGAUCCACACCGAUCCAUGCCGUGACCCUCCGGGUGACAAUUCCCUUUGCUUCUGCCGCCAUUCUUGGCGCCACUGCCAAAGCAAACCUGCGAACAUCAUCAGUGGCAUGCUGCGUGAUUAUGAUCUUCAACAAAACUUCAUCACCAGCUAUGGAUGGCGCACCUUGCAGAGCCAGCAGUGGACAGGAUAUGCUGAAGCUGUGACCGGCUUCUUGAAGAUUGAUCGAAGCAAUCUUGACAGCAUUCUGAAAAUCUCUGGAAAGCAUGGGGUUUUCAUUGAGCACCUAGCUCAGAAUCGGCCAAGUGACAACAUUCAGUGGAUUCCACAGGAAAAGGACGAAACUGACAUGGAUUACUUUGCACGAGUGACUUCUGAUGACCAUGCCAACGGAUUCACUUACCGUCGCCAAGGACGCAGCCGCUUGGGACUCCGAAUGCCCGAAGGUACUGCCCCAACAAAUGCCAACAAAGCCAAGGUUUGGGAAGCCAGAGGUGUCCCAGGCCAGUGGUCGACUGGAGUUUUGACAGCCUGGCUCAACAAACAAAAGUGCCAAGACAUUUCUUUGAUGAGUCAGCCGACAAAACAGCGCGGCUGGCUGUUCCGAGCCAGCCAUCCGACCAACUCAUUCUGUUUUGCCUACGAAAAUGCCACUGGAGAGAACAUCUGCAUAUCCCGAUUCUUCCAUCGUGUCAAGACCCCCAAGCAAACGCCGAUCAGAGCAGCUGGCAAAUCCAUGGGCCAUGCGAAUUUUUGGCACAGCUUGAAUGGUGACAAAGGGGUCUCAAAACCAAAAAAUGCGAUCGUUAUCAAUGACUCCAAUCAAAAUGAUGAAUCCAUGCCGGAGGCACCGCCUCAUGAAAACAAACCAGAUACCGCUGGGACCGAAAUCAAACGACCUGCGCCGCAAGGCAGUUCUCCAGAAAAGAAACGUGCCCAUGUCCAGAAAACUGAUCUUGACAACUCUGAAAUUAACUUUCAAGGGUAUGAAUUUGCUGAUGCCGGAGGGAACGGUGAUUGUGGGUACCGUGCCCUCUCUGUUGCCUAUGCAAUCCAAGACGGUAGAGGUAUUGAUGAUGCUUUGACUGCUGCCAAGCCAAUGGGAGCAACUUUGCGAGCUCAGAUCACCUCACACAUCUCCAAAUAUGAUCAUUUCAAAGAGUUCUUUGCUGUGGAUCCGCGCUGGACCGUUGAACUUGAGGGCGGACCAAUUCCGACCACCUACUCCGAAUGGGUGGAAGCCACUGCCCGUCCAAACAGGUGGAUUGACGGCCCAUGUCUUUCCACCGCUGCCACAAAGUUGCGCCGCAACAUUGCCAUUUGGAAAUGGGAAAAGGAUCAGUGGGUGAAACAAACCGUUAUCACCCCGCUACCAUCCCAUCAACAAAACAUGGAGGAUGCCACCAAAUAUCCUCCUUUGCCACUGUUUCUAAAAGAUGGCCAUUAUAGGACCUUGAAACCGGGCUUAGCCCAUCGAAUUCCAAGUGGGAUGCUGGCAACAACAGAGGUGGAGGACCUGCAUCACCCGGCAGGGCCCAAUCGUGAAGCAGUUUCGUCUCGAUGGUCGAGCAAUAGAUGCAUCGACUAUGCAGCCCAUUUGCCUAAGGGGCAGAAAGGUGUUCGUGCCCAUGACAGUUUCCUUCAGCGGAAGAUCUCACACAAAGAAGAUGAACGGAUCAACCAGGCGGUUGUCUUGAUUCGUCGUGCCACUUGGUUGCCAGUGAGCUUUGCUAUGCGCAAACAGAUCAUAGCUGCUGCUCCACUUUCUAAGGACCGCCGUGAAACCUUGUCCCUUUUGCAAUUCUGCAACUGCCGUGCUUUCCCUUAUCAGUGGGGACUUCGACCCCAGACCAAUUCGGUGGAAGUCAGGCUGACACUGGAAGUUCAGCGUUUGAUGGCAUAUGAUAUGCUGAUUGCAGGGGAAGCCCAGCGCAACCCGCGGCCAUGGAAG